AUGACGUUCGUCUGUACUCUCGUCAUCAACUUGGCUAUUACCCUUAGUUCUAUUGACUUAAGUUCACAGUUUGAAUGUCUAUCUAAUGGAGACCCAAUUCCUGAUGUUCUUCGUGGUGGGCCUUCUAAUUCUUCACAAAGAAAUUAUCUGCGUGAGACGCCUCUUCCACAUAACGAAUCUCCUAUUCUUGAUAGGUCCAGCGAAUGGAUAUCGCGAUUUGGAAUUCCCUUGAAAAUCACAACCGAUCAAGGACGACAGUUCGAGUCAAAACUUUUCGAAGAGUUGACUCAAGUUAUAGGAGCCAAGCACCUGCGUACGAGAGCUUACCAUCCAGCGGCGAACGGCAUGGUCGAGCGAUUACACCGACAACUAAAGGCAGCAAUUAAGUGUCACGAAAACGACGAAUGGGCCGAGGUCUUACCGAUUGUCCUUUUAGUUUCUCCACCUAACAUGAAAUUCUGGUCCAUAUCAAAUAUUUCCGUAAAACUUAAGGCCAUGUGA